AUGCAGCUUCUUAGUUCCUUCUCCGUCCUCCUGCUUCUGUGCGGCAUCGGCGCGGCUGACAGAAAGCAAAACGUCCUCCAAACCGUCCCCGCCAGCUCUCUCUCGCAGUGCACAGCAAUCUGUUUCAACAACUCGAAAUGUGCUGCUUAUGCAUUGUCGGGUGGCUACUGCCGUACCUAUUCGGCAUCGGUUUCUGCCAUCGCUGACGCUAAGCCUACAUCGCAAGCUCGCUUCUACGACAGAGCCUGCCAGAUAUGCGUUCUGAAGGCGGGUGACAAGAAUCAGAAUAUUCUCAAGACCUUCGCCGCGACAGCGGUUAAUCAAUGCACCACUCAAUGCCUGAGCAGCUCGCAAUGCAAGGCCUACGCAUUCGGCUACGGAUACUGCCGUCUAUACUCGGCACCAGUGGCCACCGUCGCAACACCGAACGAGUCGUCCCGUGCCGUCCUCUACGACAGGACUUGCCCUCGCCCAUCCGCGGUCACAACAACGACGAGCAAGACUAGCGCGACAACGGCUAUACCCAGAACGAUCAACGAGUUCGACAAGCUCGAUCAGGACGAGUGUCACGACCUCCAGAGCAAGCACCACUACACGGUCAAGUACAACAUCUGGUACCACUCAGCCUCUAUCUCCAAGCUUGACAACCUCCAAGCCGACCACAUCGUCUUCGGCAACAUCAGCAUCAACGACCUCCGUCGCAGCAAGCACCACUACAGGACCGCCAUGCCCGUCCAACACGCCAUUCACCAUCCGGCGGAGCGUCCAGGUUCCACCAAUGCUGGGCGGCGAGCUGUGUGCUCUGUCCUACAAGUGGCGGCCACGAAUUCACUGAAGUGCACGUUUCCCGAUGGUCGCUAUGGCGAUCCGGACCAGUUCUCCAAGUCACCUCAGGACUCAUUCCUGCACGUUGGGACUGGAUAUCUCAGCAACGCCAUGGGAGUGUUUGCUGCUAUUGAUGUUCUUGUUACCUUCCAGCCCGUCGCUGCUGUUGCUACUACUACCUCUAUUACUGUGAACACUCCCUCUUCGACCACUUCGGCUGCGUCAACAACCACCACUUCAGCCGCAGCGGCAGGAUGCGACGCUGGUGGCUUCAGACUGCAGGCCGCCGACGGUAAUUACCUUGCCAUAUACUGGUUAGACCCAUACGACCCCUUGAUCUCACCUGUGUCGAGCUACUCUGAUGCCACCAUAUACAAGCUGGAUGGCAGUCGCCUUAUUGAUGCAGACCAGAGGUCCUGGUCUAUCGAAGCUGGCCGUCCAGGAUAUGUAUAUGAGAUGACUCCAGCUGAGGCGCAGAACAGCAAUGGCUUGAUCGACAUGGCAUGUGCUCUCGAUGCCAACAAGGUUCUGAAUUGCCACGAUCGGACUGCGUCUGAACGCAACGUGCUACAAUUCUACUCAAACAAGCUCCUGAUCGACAGUCAACGAUAUUCAGACAGCACGGUCAUGACUUUCACUGCCACACCGUGCGACGGAGGCAGUGCUACAUUAUCCUCAACCACUGAUCCCACGAACAUAUCCGAAUGGAUGUCUCAGUCGACCAAGUCCGUCAAUGACCAAGGAAAGGCUGAAAGUGGGAGCGGAGACGCGUGA